AGCGGAAUUACAAUAAAUGCCGUCGGCAUCUACAGAUUCACAGAGUAUUACUACUGUCCCGAUCUCCGAGAAGCAGCCUACGUCUUCAUCCUCCAGGUUCGACUGGCACUGAUGCGAGCAGACUAUUUAAUGAACAACGUCAAAACGCACAAUUAUAUAAAGGACAACAAGGAGUGCAUCACAAACACCCUCAAGGAAAUGCACGGCCCAUCUCGCCCUGGUUUUCCCCGCCCCCUCAGCCGGCCUCGCCUGCCCUACGCCAUCGUGUUUGCUGUCAGAGGCUGGAGCGGGGUGAGCAUAACCAAUGCCAUGGAGACGUACGAUGCCCAUGCGGACAAGUGGGUGAGAGUCACAUGUGAGCAAGAGAGCCUCGCCUCUCACAGCACGGCUUAUUUAAAAGGCUUUAUCUACGUCAAGUUGGACAGCAGGGAUUAUUUCAACAGCGUCAAGCGGUUCGACCCGCUUCAGAAAACAUGGCAGCAGGUUGCACCCAUGUACGCAUGGCACUGCUACAUCAGCGUCACCGUUCUUGACAACCACAUCUACGCCAUGGGAGGCUUCGAUGGGCACACGCGCCUCAACGCAGCAGAACGGUACGAGCCGGAGACCAACCCGUGGACGCUGAUUGCCCCCAUGCAGGAGCGGAGAUGUGAUGCCAGCGCGACCACGCUCCAUGGAAAGGUGUACGUAUGCGGUGGGUUCAACGGGCCCAACUUCUUGAACACCGCUGAAGUGUACGAUCCCCGAACAAAUCAGUGGAUUUUUAUCACCCCCCUGGGAAGCAGAAGGAGCGGAGCAGGUGUGAUCGCACAUGGAAACAAAGUGUACGCG